AUGCCAGACAUUUGCGAGCGCUUCGAGCAGUGGGAAGAGUGGGAUGCAAGGGCCUUGGAGAUGGGGGGGUCGGCGCGCAUUGGCGUCCACGCCGCUGUGGAAACAUGCCGUGGCCGGCAGCUGCGCCGGCGUCAUGGAGCACAUCGGCAUGUACCCGCUGGACACGGUGAAGACCCACAUGCAGGCCUUGCGGCCUGGCGGUCGCCUGACCUUGUCUGGCGUGGUGCAAGGCAUUGCGGAGGAGAGCGGCGGCCGCGGCUUUAUGCGCGGGGCUUCCUCCAUCGUUAUAGGUGGGACCGGGGCCGGGAGCCGGGGGAUGAUUUUGCAAGUUGGGAGUUUGACACGUGUGGCUUGGAGGGUCGGGUGAUCAGCGACGAGACCGCCCACGAGCCAGCGCGAGCAGCGCUGUGUGGUGCCAGUGCGACGCUCUGUCACGAUGCCAUUCUGACGCCUAUGGAUGUGGUGAAGCAGCGGAUGCAGCUGGGCGUGUACCGAAAUGUAGGCGAAUGCCUCCGCACGAUCCUUCGGCACGAGGGCCUGUGGGGCUUCUACCGCUCUAUGCCCACCACGUUGGCGAUGAACGUGCCUUUUGGUAGCAUUUUGGUGGCCUCCAAUGAGUCCAUGAAGCAAUCCCUCGGCAUCAGGGUCACGAGGCAAGACAGCUCGAGAUUAUUACCAUGGUACUUCCUCUCGGCGGGCCUCAGUGGCGCCAUUGCCUCCGCUGCGACGCAGCCCCUGGAUGUGGUGAAGACUAGGCUACAGACGCAGGACUGUCUGGUCAGCAGCGCGUCCUCAUCCAGGACGGAUGGCAGCUCUUGCAGGGAAGCCGCGGCCGAGACUCUAGAAGCGAGCGCAAAGCGCACGCCAAAGUACACGGGCUUCCUGGCCGCUGUGAGGACCAUAGUCCGGGAGGAGGGCUGGCACGGCACUCAGCGCUUGCGGUCCGUGGGAAAGCCCAUGGGUUGUACGGACAGAACAUGCCGCAGGACAAAUGCCAGCGCCAUUCUGUAA